AUGCUCAUCCCCAAGGCCGACCGCAAGAAGAUCCACGAGUACCUCUUCCGCGAGGGUGUCCUCGUCGCGAAGAAGGACUUCAACCUUCCCAAGCACCCCGACAUCGACACCAAGAACCUGUUCGUCGUCAAGGCUUGCCAGUCCCUCACCUCCCGCGGCUAUGUCAAGACUCAGUUCUCCUGGCAAUACUACUACUACACCCUGACCCCCGAGGGUCUCGACUACCUCCGCGAGUGGCUUCACCUUCCCGCCGAGAUCGUCCCCGCCACCCACAUCAAGCAGCAGCGCUCCCACGCUCCUCCCCGCGGCAUGCUCGGUGAGGGCGAGCGCGAGAGAAGACCCUUCGGCGGCCGUGGCCGUGGCGGCGACCGUGGUGACCGUGAGGGCGGCUACCGCCGUCGCGAUGCUGGCGAGGGCAAGGAGGGCGGUGCCCCUGGUGGAUUCGAGCCCCAGUUCCGUGGUGGCUUUGGCCGUGGCCGUGGCGCUCCCCCCUCGUAA